AUGUCUGAACAGCCAUUGCUCCAAAGCGCUCCUGGCAAGCGCAUUGCUCUUCCCACCCGAGUCGAGCCCAAAGUCUUCUUCGCUAACGAGCGUACUUUCCUGUCAUGGCUCAACUUCACUGUCAUUCUAGGUGGGCUCGCAGUAGGGCUUUUGAACUUCGGUGAUUCGGUAGGCCGGAUUUCGGCCGGUCUUUUCACCCUGGUGGCUAUGGCAGCCAUGUUGUAUGCACUAUUCACAUUUCAUUGGCGUGCCAAGAGCAUCAGACAGCGAGGACAGGGCGGAUUCGACGACAGAAUUGGUCCUUCCGUUCUUGCCCUUGCCUUGCUUGGUGCUGUGGUUGUCAAUUUCGUCCUCAGAGUUGUCGAGGCAUGA